AUGAUUUCCCUUCUUUCUUUCUUUCUUUCUUUCUUUUUUCUUUCUUUCGCAAAGUCCUAUUUCUUUCCUUCGUUAUUUCUUUCGUUCUUUCUUUUUCUUUCUCAAAUUCCACUUUUUGAUUUCUUUUUCAAAUCCAUCUUUCUUUCUUUCUUUCUUUCUUUCUUUCUUUCUUUCUUUCUUUCUUUGCAUAUUUAUUUCCUUCGUUAUUUCUUUCGUUCUUUCUUUUUCUUUCUCAAAUUCCACUUUUUGCUUUCUUUCUCAAAUCCAUCUUUCUUUCUUUCUUUCUUUCUUUCUUUCUUUCUUUUUUCUUUGUGCAUGAUUUCCUUCUUUCUUUCUUUCUUUUUUCUUUCUUUUCUUUUUUUUUCUUUCUUUCUUUCUUUUCUUUCUUUCUUUGACAAUUUCCCUUCUUUCUUUCUUCUUUUUUCUUUUUUCUUUUUUUUCUUUCUUUUCUUUCUUUCUUUCUUUCUUUCUUUCUUUCUUUUUUUCUUUUCAAAAAUAAUUUCUUUCGUUCUUUCUUUUUCUUUCUCAAAUUCCAAAAAUCCAUCUUUUUUUUUUUCUUUCUUUCUUUCUUUCGCAAAGGCCUAUUUCUUUCCCGUUAUUUCUUUGUUCUUUCUUUUAUGCAUUUUAUUUCUUUCUGUUCUUUCUUUUUCUUUCUCAAAUCCACUUUUUGCUUUGUUUUCUCAAAUCCAUCUUUCUUUUUUUUUCUUACUUUCUUUAUUUCUUUCUUUCUUUUCAUUCUUUUCUUUUCUGCAAAAGGAUAUUUUCUUUCCUUCGUUUUUCUUUUCGUUCUUUCUUUUUUUUUUCAAAUUCACUUUUUGCUUUUUUAUCUUUCUUUCUUUCUUUCUUUCUUUCUUUCUUUCUUUUUUUUUCUUUCUUUGUUUCUUUCCUUCGUUAUUUCUUUCGUUCUUUCUUUUUCCUUCUCAAAUUCCACUUUUUGAUUUCUUUUUCAAAUCCAUCUUUCUUUCUUUCUUUCUUUCUUUCUUUCUUUCUUUGUCCAUGAUUUCCCUUCUUUCUUUCUUUCUUUCUUUCUUUCUUUCUUUCUUUCUUUCUUUUGUGCAUGAUUUCCCUUCUUUCACUUUCUUUCUUUCUUUCUUCUUUCUUUCUUUUCUUUAUUUCCUUUCUUUUCUUUCUUUCUUUCUUUCUUUUCUUUUCUUGCUUUUCCUUUGCUUAUUUCCCUUCUUUCUUUCUUUCUUUCUUUCUUUUUUUUCUUUUUUCAAAAAUUUCUUUGUAAAUUCCAACAAAUCCAUCUUUCUUUCUUUCUUUUCUUUCUUUCUUUCUUUCUUUCUUUCUUUGUCCAUUUCCCUUCUUUCUUUCUUUCUUUCUUUUUCAAUGAAACCCGUUCUUUUUUUUAUUGCCCUUCCUUCUUUCUUUCUUUCUUUUUCUUUCUUUCUAAAAAGGCAUAUUUAUUUCCUUCAUUAUUUCUUUCGUUCUUUCUUUUUCUUUUCAAAUUCCACUUUUUGCUUUCUUUCUCAAAUCCAUUUCUUUCUGAUUUCCCUUCUUUCUUUCUUUCUUUCUUUCUUUUUCUUUCUUUUAAAUUUUCUUGUCUCUUUCUUUUUGAGUUUUCAAACUCCUCUUCUCUCUCUCUUUCUUUUCUUUGUGUUCUUUUUUAAACAACCUUCUCUCUUUCUCAAAUUCUUUUUUUGUCUAUUCUUUUUUUCUUUUAGAGUCCUUUUUCUUUUUUAUUUCUUUUUUUUCUUUUUUUCUUUCUCAAAUUGCUUUUUUCUUUCUUUCUCAAAUCCCCUUUCUCUUUCUUUCUUUCUUUCUUUCUUUCUUUCUUUCUUUUACAAGGCUUUUGUCUUUUAUGAUCAAAUUCUUAUUCAUUCAAUCAUUUACUUUAUUUCUGAAGGGCCCUUUCGACUUAGUGGCCCCAUUCGUCUUAGUGGCCCCUUUCGUCUUAGUGGCCCCAUUCGUCUUAGUGGCCCCUUUCGUCUUAGUGGCCCCAUUCGUCUUAGUGGCCCCUUUCGUCUUAGUGGCACCUUUCGUCUUAGUGGCUCCUUUCGUCUUAGUGGCCCCAUUCGUCUUAGUGGCUCCUUUCGUCUUAGUGGCACCUUUCGUCUUAGUGGCCCCAUUCGUCUUAGUGGCCCCUUUCGUCUUAGUGGCCCCAUUCGUCUUAGUGGCCCCUUUCGUCUUAGUGCCCCCUUUCGUCUUAGUGGCCCCAUUCGUCUUAGUGGCCCCUUUCGUCUUAGUGCUCCCUUUCGUCUUAGUGGCCCCAUUCGUCUUAGUAGCAUGAUCGCUUUGCUUGUGGUGAAUUAA